GAGGAUGUUGUGAAGGCAGGUUGUCACUGACGGAGCUCCCGUUCACCGAGCACAGAGGCGGACACACACCCCGCAUCACUUACUCACGCCGAGAGACAGCCACACGGAGGACCUGCUGCACACUUCAACCAGAACCACCGCGAUAUCAAAGAGAAAAACAAGGCUGAAUUCGGACAAACACCGCCGCCUCUCCCCCCUCCGUGACCGCGGAGGGCACCCACCACCCAGGCCGUCAUCAGCAGCUGGUUCCGCAGCGAACGUUAGCAGCUAACUGGCUAAUGCCACCAGGUUUGACUCCGUCGUUUUUCGAAUCACUACAAUGAUAAUCAAGGAGCUACGUUUCACCUUUACACCCGAACUUUCCCAGCUGUGAUGGAAAGGCACCACUGACUCCAGAGGGAACAUCAAUCCUGGAUGCCGUGACGUACGGGACGUGGUCGAUCCAAGAUGGAGAAAAAGAAAAUGUGCCCUCGCCUUCUCGACUACCUGGUGGUAGUUGGUGCAAGGCAACCAAGUAGUGACAGUGUGGCCCAGACGCCUCAGCUCCUCCGCCGCUACCCGCUGGAGGACCACCACGACUUCCCGCUCCCACCGGACGUGGUGUUUUUCUGCCAACCAGAGGGCUGCCUGAGUAUACGCCAGCGUCGGGUCAGCCUCCGUGACGACUCCUCAUUUGUUUUCACGCUGACGGACAAGGACUCAGGAAUCACCCGCUAUGGAAUCUGCGUCAACUUCUACCGCUCUUUUCAGCGCGGCCAUCACCGAACUCGUGGGGACAAGAGCGGCCACACAGAGACAACAGCGCAGGCGGCGGACACCGCUAGUGAAGGGUCUGAUGGUGGCGGCGGAGGUCCAAAGUCUACUAUAUCUCCACCUGCUAAUGCUGAUUCUGCACCUCCGCCUGCCUCUGGAGAAGAGAGCGGGCCUCCGAGCGCCGAGCUAAAUGCCGGCAAGUCCCCACAGCACAGACGGAGCGCUGCUAAGCUGGCGGCCAGGAACCGCAACAGCACGCUGACCUCGCUGUGCAUACUCAGCCAUUACCCGUUCUUCUCCACCUUCAGGGAAUGCUUAUAUAUUCUCAAGAGGCUGGUGGACUGCUGCAGUCAGAGGCUAACUCAACGAGCGGGGCUCCCUCGCGCCACACAGAGGGACACCAUGUGGCGGGUGUUCACCGGGGCGCUGUCGGUGGAGGAGAAAGGCAGCCAGCUGCUGGCGGACCUGCGGGAGAUUGAGUCCUGGGUGUACCGGUUGCUUCGUUCACCUGUACCAGUGGCGGGUCAGAGGCGUGUGGAUGUGGAAGUCCUGCCCCACGAACUCAAACGGGCUCUCACCUUCGCCCUGCCUGACAACUCUCGCUUCUCCAUGGUCGACUUCCCCCUGCACCUGCCCUUAGAGCUGCUGGGCGUGGACGCCUGUCUCCAGGUCCUCAGCUGCGUCCUGCUAGAGCACAAGGUCAUUCUUCAAUCCAGAGAUUACAAUGCUCUGUCUAUGAGCGUCAUGGCCUUUGUGGCCAUGAUCUACCCUCUGGAGUACAUGUUCCCCGUCAUCCCCCUACUGCCAACCUGCAUGGCCUCUGCUGAACAGCUCCUUCUUGCUCCCACUCCUUACAUUAUAGGUGUACCAGCCAGCUUCUUCCUCUACAAAGCUGAUUUCAAAAUGCCAGAUGAUGUUUGGCUCGUGGACCUUGACAGCAGCAAGGUUAUAGCACCCACCAAUGCAGAGAUUCUACCGCCUCUUCCAGAGCCUGAAGCCAACGAGCUUAAGAAACAUCUUAAACAGUGUCUGGUUAGGUUGACCGUGAUCACCCAAAAGCAGAUCUUCUCCUCUGAAAAUAAGGCCUUGGCCAGUAUGAGUUUGAACACCCAACCCAUCCUGAACUUUGAGAAGUUCCAGGAAGGUCAGGAGAUGCCUCUGCUGCCACCGGGACGAGACAAAGCGUCACCGUCCUCCACAGAGUUCAACCCUCUAAUUUACGGCAAUGACGUCGAUUCUGUGGAUGUAGCCACCAGGGUCGCCAUGGUCCGGUUCUUCAACUCGCCAAAUGUUCUCCAGGGGUUCCAGAUGCACACUCGUACCCUGCGCCUCUUCCCCCGACCCGUGGUGGCUUUUCAGUCAUCUUCUUUCCUUGCAUCUCGGCCACGACGCUCCGCGUUUGCAGAAAAACUUUCUCACACGCAGGCAGUGGAGUUUUAUGGAGAAUGGGCUCUCAACCCCACCAACCUCGCCUUCCAGAGGAUACACAACAAUGUGUUUGACCCCUCCUUAAUCGGGGACAAGCCCAAGUGGUACGCUCACCAGCUGCAGCCAGUGGUCUACCGAGUGUAUGAUGGGAGCUCUCAGCUGGUUGAAGCUAUGGCCGGUCCUUUGGAGGAUGAGGGCAACGAGUCCGACCCCACGGACAGUGGUAGUGACAGUGAAGCUUACGAUGACUCCAGCUCGUCCUAUUCCUCACUCGGAGACCUCGUGAGUGAGAUGAUCCAAGGUGACAUCCAGGGAGACACAUCAAGCUUGGACCCACCUACCCACGCCGCACUAGGAGACCCUAGCGAGAUUACAUUUCAGGAUUUCCAUGAGUUCAGGGAAGGUCAGGGCUCCGAUGGUCCAUCGAGCGGGGACGGACCUGCAGAACCUUCUGAUGGACAACCUCUUCGCUCGAGCUCCAGCACAACUGCAAGCUCGAGUCCCAGCACGAUCAUCCAGGGAGUCAACCAGGAGCAAGGGGAGUUACCUGAAAUUGAAGCGUCAGCUGGUGCCGCUCUGCAGAACCCGGUCACCGGAUUGGCCGGUCAGCCGUUCCUCAGACCUCCAGCUGAUGGCGGCUUGGCGGACCCAAACAACAAAAAGCAGGAGUAUGACAACCCGUACUUUGAGCCUCAGUAUGGCUUCCCCUCAGAGGAUGAUCCUGAUGCAGAGGAGCAAGUGGAGUCAUACACCCCUCGAUUCAACCAGAACCUCAAUGGCAACAAGGUGCAGCGUCCUUUACGUCCCUCUAGCCUGAGGCUCCCCGGAGAGUCUGAUGGGGAGGGAGACUCCCGCAACAGCUCGCCAAACUCCACCAUUUCCAACAGCAGCAAUGAUGGAUUUGGAGGACUCAUGUCUUUUGCAAGCAACCUGUACAAGAACCACGGCACCAGUUUCAGUCUUUCCAACCUUGCCCUUCCAAACAAGGCAGCGAGGGAGAAAACGCCUUUCCCCAGUCUAAAAGGCGCACGUGCACCCCGAGCACUCGUCGACCAGAAGUCUUCCGUAAUCAAGCACAGUCCAACAGUGAAGAGAGAGUCGCCCUCUCCUCAGGGCCGAGUCAACAACACAAGUGAGAACCAGCAGUUCUUGAAGGAGGUGGUGCAGAGCGUUCUCGAUGGUCAGGGAGUCGGCUGGCUCAACAUGAAAAAAGUGCGCCGCCUGUUGGAGAACGAGCAGCUUCGUGUGUUUGUGCUGAGUAAGCUGAACAGAGCCGUCCAGUCGGAGGAAGACGCUAGACAGGAGAUCAUACGUGAUGUGGAGGUGAGCAGGAAGGUGUAUAAAGGCAUGCUGGACAUCUUGAAGUGCACGGUCUCCAGUCUGGAGCACUCGUACACUAACGCAGGCCUCGGAGGAAUGGCCAGCGUCUUCAGCUUGCUGGAAAUAGCGCGCACACAUUAUCAAAUCAAAGACCCAGAAAAACGCAAGCGAAGCCCCACAGACAGUGCCGGCAGCCCGGGGAGUAAAGAGAGUCCUUCUGGUCGCAUGGAGACGACCAGGCCUCAGGGCCUCCUGAACGUCCCCCACCUGCAGCUGCCGCACCACACAACGGGCAAAGGAGCCCGCCAUUUUGACACCCGGAGUCUGAACGAGGAGAACUUUAUUGCCUCGAUUGAAUUGUGGAGCAAGCACCAGGAUAAGCAAAAAGCUAUGGAAAAACCACAGAGGUCUGACGGAGCGAAGCAGCAGCGCCCCCAAGUGACGGAUGCAGAGGAGAAGAAGUCACAGAUGAGUGCCGACAGUGGCCUCAGCGUCACGUCUGGAUCUCAGAAGAGCGACACAGAGUCUGUAACGAGCUCGGAGCCACCGAUCCUGACAAGAAGCACCAGCCAGGACUCAGAGGCCAGCACAGUGAUAAGCAACAGCUCUGGAGAGACUCUGGGAGCCGACAGUGACCUGAGCAGCACGGCAGGAGACGGCCUCGGAGGGAGAACCGCCGCUCAUCUGACUCAGUCCAGAGGGACUCUCUCUGACAGCGAGAUAGAAACCAACCCAGCCACCAGCACAGUGUUUGGAAAGACCCACACUCUGAAACCAAGUGCAAAAGAUCAUGCACAUGCUAUGGCAAAGGGGCCACCUGCACAGCCCAUGGAGGACAUCAGCAUGAGGAUUUACCUCUGUGAAGGCCUGCUGGGGCGCGAUAAGAGCUCCGUUUGGGAUCAACUAGAGGAUGCUGCCAUGGAAACCUUUUCUCUAAGUAAGGAGCGGUCCACCCUCUGGGACCAGCUGCAGUUCUGGGAGGACGCGUACCUGGACGCCGUGAUGUUGGAGCGCGAGGGCAUGGGCAUGGACCAGGGACCUCAGGAGAUGAUUGAAAGAUACCUGUCACUGGGAGAUCAUGACCGCAAGCGUCUGGAGGACGAUGAAGACAGACUUCUGGCAACGCUGCUGCACAAUAUGAUCGCGUACAUGCUCAUGUUGAAGUUGAACAAAAAUGACAUCAAGAAGAAAGUGAGGCGUUUGAUGGGGAAAUCCCACAUCGGUCUCACGUACAGCCAAGAGAUCAACGAGAUACUGGACAAACUGGCCAACAUGAACGGCCGCGAGCUUCCCAUCAGGCCCAGUGGAAGCCGCCACAUCAAGAAGCAAACGUUUGUUGUGCAUGCCGGCACUGACACCACGGGAGACAUCUUUUUCAUGGAGGUGUGUGAUGACUGCAUAGUCCUGCGCAGCAACAUCGGCACAGUGUACGAGCGCUGGUGGUACGAGAAGCUCAUCAACAUGACCUACUGCCCCAAGACCAAGGUGCUGUGUCUCUGGAGACGCAACGGCCAGGAGACGCAGCUCAACAAGUUCUAUACCAAAAAGUGUCGUGAACUCUACUACUGUGUUAAAGACAGCAUGGAGCGAGCUGCAGCGAGACAGCAGAGCAUCAAACCAGGUCCGGAGCUGGGUGGAGAGUUUCCGGUCCAGGACAUGAAAACCGGUGAAGGUGGACUGCUGCAGGUCACACUGGAAGGAAUCAACCUGAAAUUCAUGCACAGCCAGGUUUUCAUAGAGCUGAGUCACAUUAAAAAGUGCAAUACAGUGAAGGGAGUCUUUGUCCUGGAGGAAUUUGUUCCUGAAACUAAAGAAGUGGUGAUCCACAAGUACAAGACCCCCAUGGCACAUCAGAUCUGUUACUCGGUCCUCUGCCUUUUCUCCUACGUGGCGGCAGUGAAGGGGAAGGAGGCAGAAGGAAAACCCAAGAUUCUGUCACCGCGACCCCUUCCUAGCUAGUCUACGCCCUGCGCCCUCUCUCCCCCCCUUCGUCCUCCGUGUGCCUCUCUACUUGAAACGGCAUCUCAGCUCUAGAACCACAGACUUCUGACAAUCCCUAACUUUACUCUAAGCACACAAUUCCCGCUCCCUCUUCUUGUACAUACAAGCCUAAGACCCUUUUUAGACCCUGUUGUGUAGACGUGUUUAGUCUGUGAUGUCGUGUAAAUACUUGCGACCUCAUCGCCGUCGUCCCGAUGAUACCAACUAGCUAAAUGUUUGCCUGCUCCUUAACUCGGGCUCCACGAGCUCGUCUCCUCAGUGUGAAAGUCUUCUCUUGUUCCUGCUGCCAACACCCAACCGUUUUUACCGAUUAGGAGAUGUGAGGGGGUCACCCCGAGGCGCAGAGUGCAUGCAGGUCCCGUGCACAGCCUUGACAUCCACUACAGAGUAGCUUCCUCCUGCUCCCGCCCGUCUCCAUCCGACCGUGUGAGUUAUUCUGUGAUCCGUGGUUACUGUAAAGUUCCAGUCUGUCCAAGUUUGAAACAUCCAGAGACCCUCUCGUAGUGCAGGACGUCCCACUCUGAAAACGCUACUGUAUACUGCACCAGAGCACUGCAUGUAAACGCUUCUUAAAAGUGUUUGAGCCCUAAAAUAAUGUGAGUGUUCUCAGAUGUGUUCUCUAGAUCGGCCCGCCCGGCUGAAUUACUGUUCUAGUUCUCCUGUAAAAUUUCUCGUCUGUGGUCUGCUGUUAACAAUUGCAUGUUACU